AUGAAGGACGAGAAGAAAGAAAAAAGUGCCAGUGAAGACACGGAUCCUCCAGGCACCCAGAAGACUACUAAGCCCGACCAAGCCAACAAUAAAAAGCCACGCCACGGUGAUGAUGAAGUGACUGCCGUCGGUCGAAUCCGACACAUGAAUGUGCACUGGUUGAAGAAUCAUAGUUACAAUGGACUCGUCCGUUCGCCACAAUUCCAAGAGUACGCAAUCCGCCACAUGGACGAAAUCGAGAGACUUCAAACGACCCAACACGAAAUUGACUUGACCGAGUUGGUCUACAAGGAUCCCAAAACGGAACUAAAAAAACACUUGGAACAACUCUACCAGGAACGAUUUAAAAUUCGAACACCACCCAGCCACUUUCAACCCAUGGCAUGUUCCUUUUUGACGGGGACACACUUUCCUCCCAAAAGCAUGUCGGUGCUUUUGGAUUUUUGCGAACGAUUCCAAAUUUGCAUUUCUGCCUUUUGCAAUCGAUACGGAAAAGUCAAGGGACGCAAUUGUACCAAUGCCGAUUGGAAAAAACUCGUACUCAGCCACGCCCAUCGACAUUCCCUACGCGUCAUUCGACUGCGACCCAAACCCAAAACGGCACCACCGAUUGAAUUCAAUCAUGCUGGCUAUCAGGUACUGGAACGACUGCAUAAUUUGAAGGAAUUGGAAAUUUCACUGGCGCACGACUAUGAGGGAGUGUUGUUGGAUCCAACCUGUCUCUCUGUGGACUAUUUGGAAGAAUUGGUGUUGUGGCAUGUCGGACCCAACACGAGUCGGGAAAAAUUGGCGGGGUUGGUCAAGAGAGCCAAACGCCUGAAACAACUCACACUGCACAAACCAGAGUUGUUGAAACAAGAAGACGACGACGAUGAGAGUGAUGAUUUGGCAAUGUGGUUGCAAAAGCUGGCCAAAGAAAAAGGGGGAAAUCCGAAUUUGCAAGUGACAAUAAAAGAGUAA